GCAUAUAUCAAAGCACGCUCGGACAAGAUUGUACAUGUCUGGCCUGCGUACAAAGUGAAGACUGGGACAAAUAUUGUGUUUGUGGUUAUUGCUAAAGAAAAGGUAACACUAGAUCUGUCUUGGAAAUAUGAAGUUAGAAUUGUUAAUCAGUAUGCAGCUGAAAGUAAAAGCAUGAUGUACUGUAAAGACAGUAGUCCACUUCCAUCAGCUGUUUCAAGAACGAUUGGCGAAAUAAUUGACAAGAACUCACUUCUAUUGAUGCAGAAUCAUGCAUAUAUUUCUGUUAUUUCGGCCUCUUCGGUGAUAUCUAAAGGAUAUGGAACUAGCAAUCAUUGUAUUAUUGCAAAACCGUGUAUAGUUUUGUCCGUCCUGGCAAAACACUAUAUACCGAUAAAUGAGGAACCGUUUCCAACAGAAUUACAUGGGAUACCAGUUGAUGUAAGAGAAUGUGAAUUUGAAUUAUGUGGGCGUUCUGCUAAAACUUUUCACGACAAAGUAAAGAUGGGUUGUAAAAUAUCGUCUACAUUCCUUCCGCAAAAGCAUGGAACACUUGGCGGAUUCGUUGAGCAUCCAGAGUACGGGCUUUGUGGAAUCACAUGUGCUCAUGUUGUGCUGAGUGAUGAUUUGAAAUUUGAACUUAAAGCAAAAGCGAACGUUAAGGAAAAUGAAAUGAGCUGUUGUGAAAUAUUUCAGCCUUUUAAUGAUCCUCAGAAACAAAAUGUAAUUGGAAAACAAGUUGAAGUAACAUAUAAAGAAGGUGGGAACGGUACAGCAGGGGUAGACCUUGCCUUGUUUAAAUUGCAUCAACGUCAACCCACAGACAGAACCUUCCCUGAUUGUAAGAGUGCGAGCACAAUCAAAUACGAAUCUGGUAACGUGUGGGGACAAUCAGGAAUUCCUUCUGAUCAAAGAAAAGUACUGAAGUAUGGCUUCGUCACAGGGUUUACAUACGGAAAUAUUCAGUUCGAAAAUGCAGUUGUCCGAGAGAUGGAUUUCCACAGUAAAAUAGAGGUAAAUAAAGGAGCGGAAAAGUAUACAACAACAUUAUAUAAACAAUAUCAUAUAAAAUCAGAUGACAAGAAACUUAAGUUUAGUGAACUGGGAGACUCGGGGGCGCUUGUGUUCAUGAAAGAAGGCCUUGAUGAGGAAAGCGAAUUGAGAUGCAUAGGGAUGGUGGUAGGAGUGUUUAGCGACGAUACAUGUGCAGUUACACCUGUUACUGCUAUACUGAAAGAACUACAUGUCAACCACCUCAAAAUGUUCUUACCGAAUAUCACUUGGGAAAAAAUAGAAAACCGUUUCAGAAAAAUGGAAGAGCGAUUAAUGAAUAUUGAAAAGCUGGUUGAAAAAGCAUUGGCUAAUCGCAAUAAUCAAUCUCAGUAGUAAAGUUACGGAAAAUGUUGAACAGUGUUGCAAGCGGAUGACAUUUAUCAGACAUUGAAAAAUGAUGUUAUAUUGUAAGAUAGAGUUGUGUCAAUGUGAAUACACUUGUGAUUUUUUAGGAAGUUUUACACUUUGAAAUAAUUAUUUAGCAAGGACAACAAGUUCACUCUAAAUUAUUUUGUUACCUUUUCAAAUUAUCCCGCCUAUAAUUAGCAUUGUUAAAACCACGAUGUAUUUUCUAUUGCUCGUAACUAAAUCGAAUUAAGCAGUGUAUGUUAAUUACGAUUUGAUGCUUUAGACCGAUUACAUGUAUAUUGUAAUUAGUGAAUAAUUCGGCAAAGGUACGCUUUAUUGAUUUUGACAAUUUGGAUUACUCCCUGGCAAUAUAAAUUUGGGAUAUUUUUAUCCCCCUGAAGUUAAAAAUAAUAAAGUCGCACUGUCCGUCUUUGCACGAGUGUAUCCGAGUGUCUGUGUAAAUUCUUGUCCGGACUGUAAUACUGCUAUCCACAAAGAAAUUUUAAGUUAAUCUAGCACAAUUAAAAUGUUCACCAUAAUAAGACGACGUGUCAUGAGCA